ACCCAUCUCUCUCUUUUUGUCGGGUGUUUAGGCCUAAAGAUGCAGUGGACCCCAGAGCAUGCGCAGUGGGCCGAGCAGCACUUUGACAUCUCCUCCACCACCCGCUCCCCUGCACACAAAGUAGAGGCCUACCGGGGGCACCUGCAGCGCACCUACCAGUAUGCAUGGGCAAACGACGACAUCUCUGCACUCACCGCCUCCAACCUGCUGAAGAAAUACGCAGAGAAGUACUCUGGGAUUUUAGAGAGUCCGAGUGAAAGAGCGCUGCUCUGCUCGUAUUCCGAUGGCACUCCUGGGCUCCUCAACGGACGUAGGUCAGAGAGUGAGUCCUGGCAGGAGGGGAUUUACUCAAUGAACUGCGCUCCAGAUGUUAUAUCUGUGAACAAAGCUGGAAUGACAGCUGCCCUUCCCCCUACAGACGUGUCGGCCAGCAUAGGUAGCACCCCAGGGGUGGCCAGCAGCCUGAACGAGCCCAGCUAUUCCAGAAGUAACUGUGGGAGUCACACGACCACCAGUCUACACUCGGGUCUGUCCUCUCAGGAAUACGCUACAGGCUACAAUGGCUCCUACCUGCACUCUAGUUACAGCGGGCAGACCAACCCAGGCCUCCCCUCUCAACACCCUUCUCCUAUGCACAGUGCUGGUCUCAUACAACCCCCUCUUCCACCACCUCCCACUACUCUAGUACCCAGCUACAACGUGGGGUCUCCCAACAUCUCCAACUACAAUUAUCCUCCGGCGGGGUAUCCCUCACAGACAGUUGUUGCCCCUGGCUAUAGCCCUGGGGGGGGCCCACCGCCCUCUUCCUAUCUGCCAUCCAGGAUUGCAGCUCCCACACCGCUACCCCCCUCUUCUACACUCUCUGGCUAUACCUACCAGUCCCAUAACCAUGCACCAAUUGCACCAACACCUUUGAAUGGCAGCUCAUCCAACUCAUUGAAAAGAAAAGCUUUCUACAUGACGGGGCAUGGCGAUAUGGACUCCAGCUAUAGUAAUUUCAACUACAACCAACAGCGCUCCUCACAAAGCCCUAUGUACAGAAUACCAGACAACAGCAUCUCAGACUCAAGCAGAGGGAAUGGAUUUGACAGGAAUGCUGAUGUGUCAUCUUUAGCGUUUAAGCCUACAAAGCAGGCAAUAUCCUCAGAUCAGCAAAGAAAAUUUAGCAGAGCACUUACCCCUCCCUCCUAUGGAUCAACCAAAAGCUCUGUGGGAAGCCUGAGAUCAGGUGAGUCCUUUGGAAAAUUUGGAUCCCCUAUCACGGGUGAGCAAAGUGAAGAGCACCUCUCCCAUUCCAUUGCAGGGUCGGACGUUGGCAGAGCUACCUCAUCCAGCCACGUUGCAGAGGAGCAGCUGAAGAACAGCGAUGCCAGCGUGGUGGAGUUGGUCACCACAGAGAUCCUUCAGCCCGGUCCCCCAGUGGACUGGAGUGACAUAGCUGGUCUGGAGCUGGCCAAAGCAGCCAUCAAAGAAGAGAUUCUGUGGCCCAUUUUGAGGCCAGACAUGUUCAGUGGACUUGCCACAUUACCUCGGAGCCUCCUUCUCUUCGGACCUCAGGGAACAGGCAGAACACUGCUGGGCCGCUGCAUGGCCAGCCAGCUGGGGGCAGCCUUCCUGCAGCUGAGUGGCUCAGCCCUGGUGACCAAGUGGCUGGGGGAGGGCGAGAAGAUUGUCCAGGCCUCCUUCCUGUUAGCCCGGUGUCGCCAGCCCUCAGUUGUGUUCAUCAGUGAGGUGGACAUGCUUCUAUCGGCCCAUCUCAGCGAGGAGAGUCCGGUGAACGUGAUCCAGAGCGAGCUCCUCAUGCAGCUGGACAGUGUGCUGACAACAGCCGAGGACCAUGUCCUAGUGGUCUGCUCCACCAGUAAGCCUGAGGAGAUCCAAGAUUCCCUGAGGAGGUACUUCACCAAACGGCUCCUCAUCCCCCUACCUGACAGCACAGCUCGGCGCCAGAUAAUUAGCCAACUACUCUCACAGCACAACUAUUGCCUCAGUGACAAAGAGGUGUCACUGCUGGUCGAGCGGAUGGAAGGCUUUUCAGGACUGGACGUGGCCCAGCUGUGCCAGGAGGCAGUGGUAGGACAGCUCCAUGGCAUCCCAGCUUCUGACCUCUCAGCCAUCCAUCCCAGCCAGAUGAGACCAGUGUCCUACCAAGACUUUGAAAAUGGAUUUAGCAAAUUCCAGCCCAGUAUAUCACAAAAAGAACUGGAUACAUACACCGAAUGGAAUAAAAUGUUUGGUUGUAGUCAAUGAAGCUGAAGUAUUAGAACAUGUGGGUAGGAAACCCCUUUAGAGGUUUACCAUUUAGAAUUCUCUCCUCAGUAAACUAGGCAAGGGGAAAUGACAGAUAGUGGUGACCUUAACACCUGCAGU